AUGCGUUCUUUCCUUCUACCAGUCCUUUCAUUUACACUUGGCCUCGCCGCUAGUGCGAUUGCCGACCCCAUAAUAUCUCGUUGGCAGCUUCACGAAAAACGUUCCCAUAUACCCGAAGGAUGGACCCGCGAGCAAACGCUCGAUCCUUCUGCCUCGAUUCCUUUGCGAUUUGCGCUUGCCCAGCCAAAUAUCGAGCACAUCGAAGCGCUGCUCUACGAAGUUUCGCAUCCUGACUCACCCAAUUACGGGAACCAUUGGUCUCCAGGUCAGGUUGCAGCCAAGUUUGCGCCAAGUACCGAAUCUAUCGAGACCGUGCGCACAUGGUUGAUCGAAAGCGGUGUGGAACCCCACCGCGUAAAAAUCUCACCUACGAAGGGGUGGCUCGAAGUCGCUUCUACUGUCGAAGAGGCUGAAAAUCUCUUGCUUGCUGAAUACCAUGUUUACAAUCAUGAAACGGGUACAAAACAUAUCGCCUGCGACAGUUAUCAUUUGCCAGAGCAUGUCGGCCCGCAUGUCGACUUUGUGACACCGACCAUUCAUUUUGAUGUCAAGAUCCGGAAGCGUAAUCAACACAAUAAAGUCUCGAUCGGCCAACCUGGUCAGGGUAGCGGUCCCAAGACGAGCGGUGUAGUCCAAGACAUCAUCAGUCAACUCAAGGAUUGUGAUAAGCAGACCACGCCAAUUUGCUUGAGGACGCUAUAUGGACUUUGGUAUGAACCAGUCUCCGGUAAAAACAACAGUUACGGAAUUGUGGAGUAUACCCCACAGGCCUAUCUUCAGUCUGAUCUCGAUAUGUUCGCGAAGAACUUUUCAACUGGUCUCGAAGGUGUUUCUCCUACGAUGGUUUCAAUAGAUGGAGGCUACCUCCAGACUACAAACAUGUCUUUUGACUACAAUGGGGAAUCUAACCUCGACCUCCAGUAUGGGAUGACCCUGGUAACAAAGGGACAAGACGUCACUCUUUAUCAAGUUGGAGAUGCAGUUGAAGGUGCUUCUUUCAAUAACUUCCUUGAUGCCCUGGAUGGAGACUAUUGCACUUAUGACGGCGGCGAUGACCCCUCUCAGGAUCUUGUUUAUCCUGACACCGCCAGUGGCGGAUACACAGGCGCUGAGGAUUGCGGAACUGUCAAGCCCGCCAACGUCAUUUCCACGUCCUACGGAUACAAUGAGGCUGACCUCUCUGCCGCCUAUGCUAUUCGCCAAUGCAAUGAGUACGCGAAACUCGGCCUCUUGGGCGUCACCGUCCUCUACAGUUCGGGAGAUUGGGGCGUUGCAGGCAGUAACGGGCACUGUUUGAAUCCCGAUGGUACUCAGACCGCAGAUGGUGCAAUCUUCAAUCCCGCCUUCCCUUCUACAUGUCCAUAUGUCACUUCGGUGGGUGCCACUCAAGUCAGCCCCGGCCAGUCUGUAUGGGCCCCCGAAAACGCGUGUGAGCAGUUCAUCUACUCUGGCGGUGGAUUCAGCAACUACUUUGGUAUGCCCGACUAUCAGAAGGGAGCGGUCGAAGGGUACCUAGCAGCUAAUCCGAUCUCGUAUUCGAAGAAUAUUUACAACUCCACCGGAACGUCCCGCGCAUAUCCCGAUCUUUCUGCCAAUGGAGCGAACUACGUCGUUGCUGUUGAUGGUAACUUCACUCUCAUCUACGGAACGUCUGCAUCUACACCUGUCGUCGGUGCUAUCUUGACCAUGGUGAACGACGCUCGCCUCGCGCUCGGUAAAUCAACGCUCGGGUUCAUCAACCCUACUAUCUACUCUGUUGAUUUCGCAGGGAGUUUUAAAGAUGUCACCAACGGAACGAAUCCGGGGUGUGGCACUGUGGGAUUCAAUGCGACCAAAGGUUGGGAUCCUGUCACUGGCCUCGGGACGCCCUACUUUCCUUCACUGCUUGCCAAAUGGUUGGCUCUCAAGUAA